UGAAGCGACAUGUUUCGGGCACUACUCAUAUCACGCUCGAGAUAAGAAAUCGAUUUAUUAUCAACGAAAAUUUGGGUGCGACUGACAGUCUCGAACCGGCAUUCAUCAUGGACGACCGCUCGUUAACUUUACUGCUUCUAAUCGGGUUGGUGACCUUCGCCGAGGGUGCCAAGAUUUUGUGUAUUCUUCCGACUGGUGGAAAAUCCCACGACAUCAUUGGAACAGCAUUCAUGAGACCACUUGCCGAGGCCGGUCACGAUGUAACCGUCGUCACUGCAUAUCCAACGAAAAAUAAACCUGCAAAUUACCGUGAAAUUGUACUGACGGGUCUAUUAGAGGAGUACGCUGAUCAGGAAACGAACAUGUUCGAUAUGCAGGGCGGACUUUUGUCCGCCAUCGUAGUGCUGGGAGUGUUGUAUGAAAUGUUUCCUAGUUUGAUGCACGAAUCGGUAAUGAAGCAUCCGAAUGUGGUGAAUCUCCGGAAUUCGGACGAAAAGUUUGAUGUUGUUAUAGUGGAAUCUUUCGUUGCGGAAUCUUUCUACGGAUUCGCUCAGCACUUUGACGCCCACCUCAUUACCUUCUCCGCAUUCGGUAACUCAAUGUGGACAAACGACCUGGUGGGAACUCCAGCACCGCCCUCUCACAUAGCUCACUUUAUGCUGAGUUUCACUGACCGAAUGACAUUUUGGCAACGAUUUGUCAAUACAGCAUUCACUAUGCUCGAUCGGGUGUACUACGAGUGGUUCUAUCUGCCGAGCCAGAAACGCUACUACGACGAGGCAUUCCCGAAUGCGAAACGUUCCUUCGAGCAGCAGAUGAAGAACGUUUCCUUGGUGUUCCUAAAUCAACACUUCACGCUGACUGCACCGAGACCAUAUGCUGCUAACAUGGUGGAAGUCGGUGGAAUACAGAUAGAUGAACCGAAACCGUUGCCAGAGGAUCUCAAAAAAUAUCUAGAUGAAGCCGACAAUGGAGUAAUUUAUUUCUGCAUGGGAUCCAACAUCCAAUCGAAACACCUUCCGGAAGACAAACGUGAUGCGUUUCUGCAAGUAUUUUCCAAGUUAAAACUACGCGUCCUGUGGAAAUUUGAAAAUGAAUCGAUUCCGAAUCAGCCAGCAAACUUGAUGAUCAAAUCAUGGAUGCCCCAGAACGACAUCCUUGCCCAUCCGAACGUGAAGUUGUUCAUUACGCACGGCGGUAACCUCGGUACUACGGAAUCUCUGUACCACGGCAAACCGAUGGUAGGAAUUCCAAUCUUCGGCGAUCAAAUGAUGAAUGUUGAAAAAUCCGUUCGUGCCGGUUACGCUGUGCUGUUGAAUUUCAACGAUAUUAACGAAGCUACUGUUUCGCACGCGAUCAAUACCGUACUGAAUGACCCUUCGUACGAGCGAAGUGCGCAGUUGACAUCGGCACGAUACCGUGAUAAACCCAUGAGUGCUAAGCAAACGGCCGUUUACUGGGUAGAGUAUGUGCUUCGUCAUGGUGGAGCACCGCAGCUGCGAUCGCCCGCCAUGGAACUGUCGCUUUGGCAGUACCACCUGAUCGAUGUGUACGCUGUGAUGCUGGUCUUGCUGAUCUGCGUGGGGGCUGGGAAUGUGUAUGUGGGGAAGAAGAUUUACCGGAAAGUUUUUCCUGUCAAACCUUUGGUUGCAGAUAAAAAGAAAAGAGCAUAAUUUGGUAGGAAAGUCAUAGCCUAAUUCCAAUAUUAGUUUCAAACCGUUCAGCUAGUACAAUAAAAGUCAACUUAAUGUCAGUCGAAAAUUUAAUGGUAGAAGCAAUAAAGUACUUAAUUUGUUCGAAGAUAAUGAAAUGCAGUGUAACCUGUGAGACUUUUUAUUUUAAGAGAAACGUUUAAGAUCAAAAAGUGUACCACAGGCCAAA